CGCGGGCGAUGCGGGGCGCGGGCGGCGCGGGGGCGGCCGCUGCGUGGAGGGGUGCGCCGCGGCGCGCCAGUCUCGUGCCGGUAGUCGGUAGUGCAGCCGAGCGACUCCGGGAGCCGUCCCCGCCGCGUCGUCGCUCGCUCGUAGUCGUAGUGCGCCGCCCGGCCCGCCCCGCGCCGUCGGCGACCGAGUCCAUGGAAACCCAGAAUCAGGAUGUGGCCAGAAGCCCCGCUGAGGUGCCCAACGACCCGGGGAAGAUGUUCGUCGGAGGCCUCAGCUGGCAGACUAGUCCAGAAAGUCUCCGAGACUACUUUAGCAAAUUCGGCGAAAUCACAGAAGUUAUGGUUAUGAAAGAUCCCACAACGAGGCGGUCGAGGGGCUUUGGUUUCAUCACAUUCGGCGACCCAGCUAGCGUAGACAAAGUAUUAGCUCAAGCAACCCACGAAUUAGAUGGCAAAAAGAUUGACCCCAAAGUGGCCUUCCCCAGGAGAGCACACCCAAAGAUGGUCACCAGGACAAAGAAGAUUUUCGUAGGAGGGCUAUCGGCACCCACAACGCUUGAAGACGUAAAGAAUUACUUCGAACAAUUCGGACCGAUCGAGGACGCCAUGCUAAUGUUCGACAAACAAACCAAUAGGCACAGAGGUUUUGGCUUCGUCACGUUUCAAAGUGAAGACAUAGUAGAUAAAGUGUGCGAAAUACAUUUUCACGAAAUCAACAACAAAAUGGUGGAAUGCAAAAAAGCACAACCGAAAGAAGUCAUGCUCCCAGCAAACUUGGCCAAGACGAGAGCCGCAGGGCGCGGCGCGUACGAUUUCAUGUGGUCAUUGGGUGCUCUUCCUGACGGGUUUCCAGCAGCGUACGCCGCCUACGCGGCAGGACGUAGCUAUUCGGGCUAUCCUAGCUUCGGGCUGCCAUACCCUGCAGACUCAUCCAAUGCGGCACAUGCAGCGUGGUGCGGGCGGCGCGGCCCUGCCCAGCAAGCCGUUGACCUGACCAACGGCCAACUGACACCGAACAACAACACACCGCUGUUGGCGCAGGCGCUCUCAGUGAUGAACAAUUACCAAGCAGCAGCGGCCGGGUUCGGGCCACCGGCGUCGCCGCACGCUGCUGGCGGACGGGCGGGAUUCCCAGCGGCCAGCUCGCCGGGACCAGCGCUCGACGUGUAUGGCUCGGCUGCUGACAGCGUGGGCUACGUGCAAGCCGCAAGCCCGCAACCCUCUGGAUUCCCGGCGAUCGCCGUCAGCCGUGCGCCUCUUAAUUACACCCCAGGACCCCUGAUUCCUGCGGCGUUUACCAACGGUUAUCAUUGAAAGUGUUAUAGCACAAAUAUUUUACGUGGCGAGCGGUGUGGCGGCGCCUAGCGCGCCGACUGGAGGCGCCGCGUGCGCCGCGCCGGCCCGCCGCCCGCUGCCCCCCGCGCACCUCCCGCCCCGCGCCACGACGGACAACAUCACCAGCCGUCUGCCGCGCCGUCUCACCUUCCCUCGAAACCCAAUCUCUCCUCAUCCUCACAUCUCCUCCUUCUCCUCAUCCCCCCCCCCACACUCACACACUCUCCCCCCACCGACCCGGUCUUGUGACCUCGUCUAUUGUAAAUAACGAUAAUCUACUUUUUGUCGUGUGAACGAGAGAUAGUCUAUCGAUUGAACAGGUAUUUUUUCAAAUUUUUCUCGCUUUCGACUGUACCGUAGAUGUGUUGUCAGAGUAAUAAACGAUUUAAACUACAAAAAAAAAAUACAUUUCAUAAUUAUAUAAAGUGCAUCUAGACGAUUUAAUUGCAGGGAGGUAUAUCUUAAAUAUUUUAUUAUUCAUAGUUGAAUUACAGCGUAAGGUGUAAAUGGUCCGCGACGCGCGGGAUCAGUAGGAAGGUCUGUGCAUUGUUCGCGUAUGGUAGGGUGGCGCGCUCUGCGCCGGCGCCGACGCGACACCCGCGCGCCUCCCCGCUCGUCCACCUACACAUAUUUUAUUCUAUCUAUUUUUAAUAUUAAUGUCAAAUAUUAACAUAAUUAUUAUACUACUAUAAUUAUAUUACGCAUAUUUUACCUAUGAAUGUAAUUAUUUUCGCCUAAUUCGAAUUGUAUAAAAUCACCUCUUUGAACGGCUGUUCUGUUUCAGUAGCGAUCAAGUUUCUCGAUUACUUCCGUAUAAGACUACGUUAGUUACGCGUAUACAUACUUUCUAAUAUUAUGUAUUAUGAUAUAAAAUUUUAUCCUAAGGAUAAUAUGAUCAUAUUUACGAUUCAUAAGGACGUUUGGAAAGCUAAGUCGGUACAUUUCAGAAUAUCUCUCAUCGCGUUAAGAUAAUUCGUUUCUAUCUUGUACCUUUGAACGUAGGUAUUGUAAUUAUAAUAAAUAACAAUUUUGUGCAUUACGUAAUAAUAUUUCAUUGUUUCUUACAUUGUAUUUACCGUAAUUUAAGACCACAGUUGAGGACAACAACGCGGCUCCGAUUGCAUUGAGGAGUCACACCGUACUUAGUUGUAUUUAAAAUUUUAAUCAAAAUAAUAAUAACAGUAAAGUUUCGUACAGACGGUAUAGUUACACGACACAAAACAUUUCAAUAAAAUAAAGACAGGGAUAUUAAAAAAUAACAGCCAAAGGCGCAGGUUUGAGGUAAUAGAAUAAAAUAUGAAGUCAAUUCAUUAAUCAUAUUCGUUAGGUACUGGAGACAUACUGUCGAGCACUCGCCUAGGUCGCAGCCGUAGGAGUACGCGGGCUGCGCGCGUAGCAGUGCCGGGGCGCACGCUACGGCGUAGCGCCGCGUCUACGCUGCUAUCGCCCAAACCGCGCAUGCGCUCGCCGCUCGCUAUACAUGCACUCGGUUGCAUUCAUUCGAUAUUUACUAUUAUUAUUACUCAUUACCUACAUCAAUUAAACAUUAAUAUUAUAAAUCUAGGUAUUAAAUUUUAGGUAAUAAUAAUAAACAAUCUUUUAAAGCUAUUAUUAUAUAAAUACGUUAUAAAUAUAAAUGUUUCCUGUUACAAAAAAAAAUAUUGAAAAUGAUACGAAAUAAAUCAAUAUUCUUUUUAAAGGUAAUUUAUUACUUAUGAGUAUGUAGUUAAUUGAAUAAUGGAGUGUUAGAUGGAGUGCGUUCGUCGCCGAGCGGCGCGCUCGCUUCGCGUUUUAGUUCGUUCGUGCCGAAUUCGUUCGCUGAGAUGACGUCACGUGCGGCACGCCCGCGCCUCGGCCGCGCCUCGGCCGCGCCUCGGCCGCGCCACGCCGCACACACCGCAGGAGACGCGACCGCGAUUAUGUUGUUAAAACGUUAGCUAGGAAAUUGAUAAUGAAAUCGAGAGGUGUGAGUCUUUAGGACGGUCGGAAUAUCGAUAUCAUACCUAACAAAUUAACGUAAUUAUUUGUUUUAUAUUUACGGUGUUAUAGGUAUUUAAGACAUUUUUUCUUAGAAUAUUAAUUAUUACGAUGAGAUGUUAUAAUUGUAAGGCCCGGGCCGGCGGCGGAGCGGCGCGCGCGCACCUCGCCGCCGUCGGCCGUCUCAUUCACUCUCACAUCCUCACUAUAAUUAUAUUUUCUUACCGACCUUUUUAAUGUAGGAGAAGCGCACACGGCCGCUUGUCCCCGUGCGAGUACGAGUACAAACAUACAAACAAACAUAUAGUGAGAGACGUUCGUUUCGCCGCGUUCGUGAGAAGCCAUCGGUUCGCCGCGAUUGCAUCGAGACGUACACAAUGACAAUUAUUGUAUAUACAUAGUUAGCCGCAUGUGUAAAAAGACGUUUAGGUAGACGCCGAAGUGUGGCGUGUAAUUGUAUGCGACAGAUGACGCAAGCGCUGACCACCGAGCCGACAAGUGUGGCGCCGCCCUAAUACUGGACCGCGGAUUUUAACACCCUGCAUUAACACCUAUAAAAAUCCAAUAUGAACAAAAAAACACCUAAAAAAAUUAAACUGCAUUUACUUCAUGAAAAAAAAAUGAAAUAUCACACAGUUUUCAAACAUAACACCAAUUUUUCAAAUUACUUUUUUGAGCGAGGGUUUGAAGCCGCGUGGUGUAAGGGUGGCGACGCACCGAGUUACCAUCUGGUCGAUAUUAGAUUCAUUCAGCAAUCAGGAUUAGCUGACGGAUAUUAGUUUUUCAUUAUUGUUGUUAAGUUAUAAUGUUUGUGAGUUUCGUUAGUGUCACCUAGGGCUUCUGUGUGCGGGCCAUAUUGUACCGGUGUGUCAUAUCAUAUGUAUUUUUAGUGCGAUAAUGAUUUAUCCGCUUUCAUUUUCUUCAAUUACAUUUGUUUAAAGUUACUUUACUUUUAAUUCUAGCUGUUUUAUUAAGUUUCAAUAUGUUCCCAAUACUUUGAAUUAUAUUAUCUAUAGAAUUAUUUGGUAGUUUAUAUGGCCCGUACUUAAGAAGCCACUUCUUUUGAGUGCGGUCGUUUGUGGUGACCGUACGAUCACCUCGCGGUCUCGGCGCUGUCACCACAAACGCCGCACAGUCCCUCUCGCUUGUUCGUAUACGCGGUAGUUGAGUUACUUCAGUCACCAUUUAGACGUGUUCUAUAUCAGAAUAAAGACUACGUAAUAAUAAGCGAGAUCUCAAAUUUAUUUUAAAAUUCGUUAUGUGAUCCUAAUAUUGCGACUUAUCGUAUAUAUAUGUAUGUAAUAAAAUUAAAAAGAUAAUUUAUUAUAUUUUGUAUAACAUUCUACGUUUAUUUACACUCGAUCUACUUUAUAUUAAAGAUAAUAAUUAAUUUUAAUCUAAUAAUGACAGACUGGUAAAGUUCGUAGAGUCGCCGCGGCGGCCAUAGAUCAAGUAGCUUUGCAUAUUCGGCGAUGGCCAACUAAGAGUUUCUUGGACCAAAGGUAUACUAAUUCGCGUAGAACCGGAGGCGCAGUGGCUCCGCACGAACUCCGACCCGAGCCGAGCGGCCGACGGUCAGCCGAGCGGUCAGCCGAGCGGCCGACGGCAGCCGACCCCCGUCCCGCUCCCCGGCUCCCCGCCCCUCCCCCCAGCGCAAUGCCGCCCGCUUGGUUUCGUUCUCGCGGUUACUUCUCGAUUGCGUGCUUCGCGUGCUGACUGAUUUUCUAUAGCAAUAAAAAUCAAUUACCUAAGAUUUUACAUUAAAAUAAAUUUGGAUUUAUAUACGUUCGAAUUUGGUGUCAUGUACAUUUAAAAUAUUAGAGAAAGGAGAUAACGAUAGGCGAACGAUCCGCGACUGUCCCGUCGCGGCGUCGGCGCAUUAUUUUCGUCAUUUCUUCGUGUAUAAUAUGUUACAUGAAUCUGUAUACAAUAUGGAUAUAAAUCGUAAUGAUGAAUAAAAUUAGUUUUUACGGCAUCUCUUUAUUAAAAUAAUGAUAAUAUCAAAACGUUUUGUAAAAAGCGGUGGGUAUGUCCGCCGCCCCGAUUUCGUGCACCAAUGCACUUUCUUAUUGGAAUAUUACAUUAUAUAACGUACAUAAUACUAUGAGAUAUAUAAUCAUACAGCCUUUCGGGGCGCGCGUGUAUGGCGAUGUAUGUAUACACAUUGUGCAAUGUACAUAUACCUUAUAUAAUACAAUGAUUUAAGACAAGGUUCACAUCGUGCCGUGUGUAUGUGGUAAUAAAUAUAAUAUGGACAUUGUUCAAACAAUAA